CUACCUGCAGAGUUCAGUUCCAGCCCUGCUCCAGCUGUCUGUAAUCAAGUGCUCCUGAAGAUCUUACUCAGCUGGUCCAGGUGUGUUUGGUCAGAGUUGGAGUGGAGUUUUGUGUGUGUUUUAAGCCAAUCAGCUGGAGAGCUGUGUCCCCGCCUCCCGGACUGAGGCCAUCUUACGCGGAGCUCUGCUGUGGGGCGUCAUACAUAUACACUGUAUCAGUUUCAACGCUUGUGACGCUGCUGGUGUAACAGAGUUGUAAAUGAAGCAGGCAGAGAAAAAAGUGGGCGUUUCUGUCGACUUGCACUGAAGCAUGGAUUAUGAGAGGAGGGGCGGUCGUGGUGACCGCAUGGGUCGCUAUGGGAAAGAGUGUGAUGAUCAUGACUAUAGGGACAUGGACUAUCGUGGCUAUGGGCAAGAAAAUAGACUGAAUAGCAGCUUGACAAAUGUAAGACUGCACGAGCCUGAUAGUAGUUUUGAAAGCAUGAGAGACUUUGCCUCAGGUAAUUUCUCGAAUAACCGACCCGGAUUCAGACAAAAGGGAAACCAUGGAUCUGAAAACAGCCAACUUGGAAAAAGUCUCCUCCAAAGUUCCCCAAAUGAGAAUAUCCACUCAAGAUUCCAGCAAGAUGAUAAGGACUAUGAGUUUGACCCAGAGAUUAACGCACACAGGAGAGAUAUGCAGACGUUUAGAUCAGGACAGAAGGUCUAUCUGGAUGAACAAACCCCAGAUGAAGGCGAAGAAAAUGAGGACAACACCUGGGGCAGAGUUAGAGGGCGGCACAACUCUCAGGGCGAAUACAGUGCAGAAUGGAGAGCUGAGGAAGACAAACAUAUCAGACAUUCUGCACACAAACAAGGGUUUCCUGACCAAUCCCAACCAGCAAGGGACAAAAUAAGAGAUGGAAGCUUUCAUCAUGCUCUGGAAAUAAGCCAUGAGGAGCCAGAACCCCGUGACCAGGACUACAGGUCUGAUACAGAGCAGGUCCAAAAACCCAGCAACAUUGUCAUGCUGAGAAUGCUCCCCCCAAAUGCAACUGUUAACGAGAUUCGGGCUCGACUGCAGGAGCAAGGGAUCCAGCCCAGAGAGGUUCGCCUCAUGAGGAACAAGUCUUCAGGUCAGAGCAGAGGAUUCGCCUUCGUCGAGUUUAAUCACUUGCAGGAGGCCAGCCGCUGGAUGGAGACCAACCAGAGAGUGCUCACUAUAUUGGGACAGCGUGUAUCUAUGCACUACAGUGACCCAAAGCCCCGUGCUAAUGAAGACUGGCUCUGCAAUAAGUGUGGAGUACAGAACUUCAAACGAAGAGAAAAGUGUUUCAAAUGUGGAGUUCCAAAAUCAGAGGCUGAGUUGAAACUGCCUCUGGUGCCAAAGAGUUUACCUCUGGGGCAAUUAAAGGACUCAGCUCAGGGUUUACUGCCCCUUCCUGCCAUAUACCAGACAGCAGCUCCACUUAUCAACUUAAGUUCCUCGUCCCCGGUUGUCGAGGUGGCCAAUGACACUCUGAUUUUGAGGAAUCUGGGACCCCAUACAACACUGGAGGCCAUUUUGUCCGCUCUGUCCCCGUUUGCUACUCUCUCACCUUCAAAUGUACGGCUCAUCAAAGACAAACAGACGCAGCUCAACCGAGGGUUUGCUUUCCUGCAGCUCACUACUAUUGUAGAGGCUUCACAGCUGCUUCAGAUCCUCCAGUCCCUACAGCCUCCUCUCUCUAUCGAUGGAAAGCUCAUUUCUGUGGAGUUUGCCAAGGGCUCCAAACGUGAUGUUUUUCUGACCGAUGGGAAUCGAGUGAGUGUGGCGACAGUAGCGAGUACAGCUAUAGCUGCAGCUCAGUGGGCCGUCACUCAGACGGCCCAGCUCUCGGCAGCAACUCAGAGCGGUGAUAUCGGUCUGCACCAGCAGGGGGCGGCAGCAGCUGUGUUUCGGCAGGAGGCUGUGCAGGCUGUCAGUGCAGAGGCACAAGCCUUUAAAGGGCCAGUGUCUGCGCUACUGACCAGCCACACAUUAGGUGCUCCUGACGGAGGAACAGCCUCUACAGGGGAAACGGGUGCUACCUCCAUAUUGGCGCUUGUAGCAUCCCAGACCCAACUUGUCACCACUACAACCUCCACACAAGCCCAUCAGGCCCCGGUGGAAAUCAUUGGGAAACCUCAGCCUGCUACCCCAAACCAGCCUGCCACACCUGGAACCGCUCUGGAGUGCCAACAGUACCCGGAUCCUGACGUGUCCACGUACCAGUACGAUGAGGGCUCUGGCUAUUACUACGACCCUCUUACAGGUCUCUACUAUGACCCAAAUUCACAGUACUACUAUAACCCCCAUACGCAGCAGUACAUGUACUGGGAUGGGGAAAGACACACGUAUGUUCCUGCCCCGUCACAGACGUCCGAUGACACCACAGACGCUGCGGCCGCAGGAGCGAUCUCUGACCUUACAGGUGCUCCCAACAGCAGCAAGGACAAGAAGGACAAGCCCAAGAAUAAGACGGCACAGCAGAUUGCCAAAGACAUGGAGCGGUGGGCCAAAAGUCUGAACAGGCAGAAGGAGAAUGGGCGAGUGGGCACUAACUCUCGACUGAUGGCGCAGGGGAGACCCGAUGACAGACGGGAGUCUGCCAGCGCCGAUGCAGGCUACGCCGUCCUGGAGAUGAAGGGUGCCUUGCUGGAGAGACCUCAGAUUCUGAUGGAGCAGAUCAAACAUCUCGAAGAAAGAGAAAGUCCUCCUCAGGGUCUGGUGGCAGGAUACAGCGGAGAGACAGACAGUGAGGAGGAGGCCGGAGAGAGAGAGGAGAGGCUGACAGACUGGUCUAAAUUGGCCUGUCUACUGUGCAGGAGACAGUUCCCCAGUAAAGAGGCUCUGAUCAGACAUCAGCAGCUCUCUGAGCUACACCGGCAAAAUCUGGAGCAGAGGAGAGCCAGACAGGCUCAGUCCGAGACACAAGAGAGAUCCGAAACGGAGCUGAAAUACAGGGACCGGGCAGCAGAAAGAAGAGAAAAAGGGGCCGUCCCACAAGCACCAGAUGCAAAAAAGAGGAAAUUCAGCCCCAGUGGCAUGGGAUCUCUGAUGCUUCCUGGAAGGAUGGAAAAAGGCUUUUUCACUCGGAACCUGCCAGUGGAAUAACUUCGGUCUUUGGACUUCCUUCAGUGCUAAACGAAAUGCCUCGUGAGCAGUUUUUAAUCAUGUGGUGCAGAACACGUGCACAGUGCAGCUAAGAGACCAUCAUCAGGAUGAGAAUGAUGUGCAGAUGUCCAGAUUUUUAUAUAAAAUGUAUAUUACUUCAUGGGAUUCAGGUUGAUUUUAAGAAAAACCCUCAGGACCCUGAGAAAUACAAAGAAGCUCCUAUUGAUAGCACGCUGUUGCUGUAAAUACAGUCCAACUAUGUGACAUUCAUGGACCAUUGUCGGCUUCCCAGAAAGCAAUUUGUGAAUAUUUAUAGAGGGCAUGAAUUUAUGAAACAUUUUGCCUUUCUGGGAAGCUGUGAAAAUGAUGUCAGGGUGGAAAACUGGGAUAAUUCAGAAACUAUUUCACGUCUUUUUGUCCCUUUAAGAAUGAUUUGAAUAACAGCCAUCAAGGGCCCUGAGGAGAAGCUUUGCUAGUAAGUGUGCUAUGCAUUUGCAUGUCUUGUAUGACAUGACAGUCUAUGCAGAAAUGACAGACAGCAGCCGUCUGUUGACUUGCACAGUAGAUUAGACUUUAGUGAUUAUCUUGACGAAAAGGCACAGCAGAUGAUUAUUGUUUACCUAUAUGAAUUUUUAUCAACCUGAUUUGCUGUGUAUAUGUAUCAUAUUAUAUGACUUGGACUAUAUAAGCUGUGUAAGAUUAUAUAAGCUGGUAUAAUUUUUUUUUUUUUUUUUUUUAAAUGUGAAUUUAAGGUGGACUGACUGAAUUCGUGAGUGUAUGUCCUUAUGAGCACUAAGUGCCGUUAUGUUUUUUUUUUUUGUCGUUGUUUAUGCAUAGAUAAAAAUCAUGUAAAGGAUUUUCAGAUUUGAAUUUUGCUUAAAUGUCAUCAGAAAAGGCUGAAAGCUCAUUUUGGUUGAUAAUUUUGUUUAAAAAAAUGGAUCCUAAUGAAAAAUGAGUAGCAACUUUUUUUUUUUUUUUCUUCAUUAUUUUAUGUGAAUAUAGAACAUACUGUAUGAAUAUUGAGAAUGUGACAUAUUGAAAGGAUUUCAGAGGAUUUUUUACAUUUAUGUCUAAAUGCAAUAAAAGAAUGUCACAAAA